AUGGCAAUUUUUCAGAGUCUUCCAUCCCAUGCGGAGGUAAAAUUCCACUUUCUUUUAUCUGAAGCACCAGAAUCGUCUUCGAAUAACAAUCUCGAUGCGAGUGGACAAGAUAAAGAUAAGGCUAGACUACCCUCCAUAAUGAAACGACAAGAUCUACAAGAGAAACGUCAUCUUCUUCGUCCUGAUGAGGACGUCUAUGAGGAAAGCUUCGUGUUUUGA